UAAUUUACUCAGACCGUUUAUAAGAGCCUAUAGCAUUGUAGUGUAGACACACUUUUCUUCACCUUUUUCCUCUAUUCCGCUACUCAAACGAAGAGCUCUCAAGUUUCUCAAUUCUCAAACCAGAGUCACUGUUAGCACUCAGAUCUUAAUCUCUCAAGACCAAACUUCUCUCCCAAGGGCAGCUGAAGAAAGAAAAAGAAACUAUCAUGAGCGAGAGGUUACAGAACGCUCCCAUGAAAGAUCUCGAUUAUUGGGUGGACUGCUCUGUUAGAAAGAUAUGGAAUGCUCACUCUGAACAUGAUGCCAGAGUUAAUGGUACAAGAUUGUUCAAGACUCUCAUGAACGAGAUCAAAACAAAUGCAGACACUGUCGAGAAAAGUCAUCUUCAGUUAGCCAAAGAUAUGCAAUUGGAUGAGAAUUAUCACCAAUAUGAUCAUGAAGCUCUUGCUCUCCAGCGAGAAGUGGAUGCAAAAAAUGUACAUCUGAAUGAGUAUGAAGAACAUCUGAACUUGGACUUGCAACAUCAGAGGCAAGUGGUGUCCCAGUACGAGGAUUGGCUGCGUGCACUUCGGGUGGAAAAUAAUGAAUUGACAACACAACUAAAACUGGCUCAGCAAAGAAGAAGGCAGCUGAAGAAAGAAAAAGAAACUAUCAUGAGCGAGAGGUUACAUAACGCUCCCAUGAAAGCUCUUGAUUAUUGGGUGGACUGCUCUGUUAGACAGAUAUGGAAUGCUCACUCUGAACAUGAAGCCAGAGUUAAUGGUACAAGAUUGUUCAAGACUCUCAUGAACGAGAUCAAAACAAAUGCAGACACUGUCGAGAAAUGUCAUCUUCAGUUAGCCAAAGAUAUGCAAUUGGAUGAGAAUUAUCAUCAAUAUGAUCAUGAAGCUCUUGCUCUCCAGCGAGAAGUGGAUGCAAAAAAUGUACAUCUGAAUGAGUAUGAAGAACAUCUGAACUUGGACUUGCAACAUCAGAGGCAAGUGGUGUCCCAGUACGAGGAUUGGCUGCGUGCACUUCAGGUGGAAAAUAAUGAAUUGACAACACAACUAAGCCUGGCUCAGCAAAGAAGGUACUUCCCAAGGCAAUAAUUCACUUCCAUGUAUCGAGAUGAUGACUUUAAUUGAUUCUUGGAUAUGUUAAUUUGGCCUAAUGGGUGGUUAGUAUGUGAGUGCUUUCAUCUGUGGAAAAGGUAGUGCUAUUUAUCUGCAGGCACUACAAAUGGUGUCUGCUGUCCCAGUUGGUUUAGUUUCAUUUGAAUAAACCAUUAAGGAUUACUUCUCUUUAAAGUUUGAAUCUUCGAAUUCAAUGUUGAACUUUUAUAGUUUUGGACUUUGGUAAGUAAUUUCAAUAUUAAAAUUGAUACAUAUACUACGUAGUGUUUGUAGGUUUAUGUGUUGAGACUUGAGAGAUCAAUUAAUAAAGUAAUUUCAAAUAAAGCAUUUAGUUUCAUUUGUAUGCUUAAAUAUCUUUCUCCUCCUGAUUUUAUUUGGCUGAAUACUUGGAAUAUUGCUUAAAUAUAUCAAAGAAAAAAUUACAAUGUGUGAUGGACCAAGGAAAUGUUUUUUAAAAAAUAACCAUUUAUAUGAUUGGUAGGAUACUUAGGAUAUUCAUAUUAAAAAAAGCUCUAAUGUCUCAACCAUCUAGGGGCGUAGCCAAGAAUUAUUACUUGGGGGGCCGGGUUGUAGUAAAGAUAUACUAAAUAUAAUUCAACCAAUUUUUCAUGUGAUUCAAACCACAAAGAUUGGGAACUAUGUCGAUGAUUUUUCGGUCCUUUUUACGGAUACCCUAUGUUUCUAGGUUGAUAUAGACCAGCUAUGAGAUAAGCACGUCGAAAAUUUCAUCUUGUUUAUUGACAAGGAAUUCAUAUAUUUGUUUACGUGAUCCUGGAUCACGGUCUAUCUCUUUAGAUUGAAUUCUUGAACAUUUGGAGGGAUGCUCAAUAGACAUUGAAGUAUCAACAUUUGUUUCUACAAAUUACCUAAGUUUUGAAUGACAUACAACUAUUUCAUAAAGAAUGCAUCAAUUGUUUGUCAUUGGCUCAUUAUUUGGCCCCUAAUUUCAAUCCCAAAAAAAAAUCGAUUCAAAAAAUGAUAAACUAACUUGGGAGAGAGAUAUAAUAUAUUAUCAUAUAAAAUUCAUUCUUACAUAGUCUCACGACCCUCACCCCAAUUGCCUUUCAUAGAUUUUUUUUUUUCUUUUAUAAUUUACUUACUUUACUACCCAACUGCACAGUUCAAGCCCCAACUAGACCCAUUCAAGAGACAAACAAUACAAAAGCCAAAAAGGCUGAGUCACAAAGUUAGUGGGUCAAGAAUAAAGAAUACAAUAACAAUAAACACAAAAAGCCAAAGUCAAAUAAACAUAAAUUGUUUUGUUGGCAAAGGGAUAUCACAUACACAUAUUUGAUAUUUCUAUUAUGCUUUUCAAUAUUUAGUUUAGUUCUAGAGAAAAAGAGACAGAAUUGAGAUGAGAAUGACUGAAUGAGAUACCUU